UCACCAACACAGAAGAAUAAAAGGCAGCCGGCAGCCAUGGAAGCUCCAAGGUUGGUUGUGGUAUUGUCUUGUCUCUUGCUGCUGCUAAGUGGACGUUGCUCGGCUCAGCUAAGGAAGGGAUUCUACAGCAAAACAUGCCCUAAUCUCGAGAAGUAUGUUCGUUCUGCUGUAUCAACCAAGUUCCAGCAGACCUUCGUCACUGCUCCUGGCACUCUCAGACUCUUCUUCCACGACUGCUUCGUUCGGGGAUGUGAUGCAUCGGUGUUGCUGGGGCAUAAGAACGCAGAGAAGGAUCAUCCAGAUGAUAUAUCUCUCGCCGGAGAUGGGUUCGACACCGUCGUCAAAGCCAAGGCUGCCGUCGACAGGGAUCCACAGUGCCGUAACAAAGUUUCAUGUGCCGACAUUCUUGCUCUCGCUACAAGGGAUGUCGUCAACUUGGCUGGGGGGCCCUUCUAUGAAGUAGAACUGGGAAGGCGUGAUGGAAGGAUAUCCACAAUCGCCAGUGUUCAACACAGUCUUCCUCAACCUUUUCACAAUUUGAAUCAGUUGAACUCUCAUUUCUCCAGGCGUGGCCUAUCUCAGACUGAUCUCGUCGCAUUAUCAGGAGCUCACACAUUAGGAUUUUCUCACUGCAGUAAAUUCUCCAACAGGAUCUACAACUUCAGCCCCAGGAACAGAAUAGACCCAUCCUUGAAUCUUCAAUACGCUUUUCAACUCAGGAACAUGUGUCCCUCGAAGGUUGACCCUAGGAUCGCCAUUAAUAUGGACCCUGUUACUCCCCAGAAAUUUGAUAACCAGUACUUCAAGAAUCUUCAGAACGGGAUGGGUCUCUUCACUUCUGACCAAGUUCUCUUCACUGAUGGAAGAUCUAGGGCUACUGUUAACUUGUUUGCUUCUAAUGAAGCUGCUUUUAACUCUGCUUUCGUUUCUGCUAUGACCAAGUUGGGAAGGGUUGGAGUUAAAACUGGAAGGCAGGGUGAAAUUAGGGUUGAUUGCAGCAGAGUGAACUAGAAGUAGAGAAGGUGCAAUCGUGCUAUUUAAUCGAAAUUUUUUUUUUCCGUUCUGGGUUUGAUAGGUUUUUUUCUGGUGCAUUUUGUAAUAACCACAAUUCUUCAUGAUCUCAAGUGUUGUGAAGAAAUUGGUUGAGAAAUAAGAUAUCAUAUGUUGGUUCUUUUA